GUGCAAAUGCAGUCCUGCUGGCAGUGGAAGCCGAUUUGGGCCUUUUGGGGCCUGCCGCCCCUGCCUGGACAGGCUUGGAAACUGACCUGCUAAGCGUGGACAUUCACAACGAUGCGCUCAAAGUGGGCUUGGAGAAGAGCGUGAAGACUGAGAUUAAGGAUGGUAUCACCGCAGAUCAGCGUCUCAAGGCGAAUUUGCAGAAGAAGCUGAAUGCAACUUUGCAUCACAACGUGCCAUUAAAUGGCGAGCUCGCCCUUCCCAUGGGUAGCGGCAAGCUCAAGUUUGCUGCCUACACCGUCUGCGAGUACUUCUUUGUGCUCUUCUUCCUGUUCGAGGCAUGGAUCCGGAUGUGCGACCUGGGAUGCCGCGAAUACUUUUGCAGAUACCCGUGGAUGCUCCUAGACAUGGUUGUCGUUACGACCGGCCUGGCUGACGUAAGCCUACCCUUUUUCCUGGAUGCAGAGAUGGAAAGGCAGUCGGUGCUUUGGCUCCUGGCUUUUGGGCGUUGA